AAAGUCAUCAAAAUUUCCAAAUUCUAUUCAAGUUCAUUUGCUGACCCAUCACUAGCGUAAAUAUCUUAUCUCCCUUUGAGCUCCAAGGUGGGGAGAGAGAGAGAGAGAGAAUAUGUCUAUAUUGGCACCAAAUUCUCAGAUUCUAUGCAGAGAAAUCUAUCAGAAUCAGAGGGAGCAACAACAACAACAGUGUUGGCAUGGUGGGAAUUGUUUGGUUUUGUGGAAAUCAUAUGGGUUUGGUUUUGAUAGUAGAAAAGAUGAGUGGAAGAAGAAAGCAAAGAGAGAAUUGAUCAAAGUGGGUGCUUUCUUUCCAGACUUGUCAAGACCCAGUGUAGUUGAGAUGGAGCCCAUUCUGGACUCUGAUCAUCUUGAUCAGAUCCUACUCAAAGCUCAAGAAUUCUCCCAACCCAUUAUCAUUGACUGGAUGGCUUCUUGGUGCCGAAAGUGCAUAUAUUUGAAGCCAAAAUUGGAGAAAAUGGCAGCUGAGUACGAUACCAAAUUGAAAUUUUAUUGUGUGGAUGUCAACAAAGUGCCUCAGGCUCUAGUCAAGCGAGGAAACAUUUCUAAAAUGCCAACUAUCCAGCUAUGGAAAGAUGGAGAGAUGAAAGCAGAAGUAAUUGGAGGACAUAAAGCAUGGCUUGUCAUGGAUGAAGUUAGAGAAAUGAUUCAAAAGUUUGUAUGAUGUAUAUAUUCUUUAUUCACUCAAAGCUCUCUCUCUCUCUCUCAUCAUGUUUAUGACAACCAACUUGGUGCUUAUAUCAUAUGGAUUACAAUCAUUUGUACAUCCAAUACCAAGAAUCAAGGAAAAUCACUCUUCAAACCAA